CCGUCCCGCCUCCUGCCCCGCUCCCUCCCUCGGCGGCUGCCGCGCCGCGCUCCCGGCGCACUCGGAGCCCGGCGGGGACCGGGAGGCAGAGACGGGGCGGCCGUGGCUCCGAGGGCGGGAGCUGAGCCGGGCCCGGGGACCGAAGUUUGGCGGCGGCUCCGGGAGGCACAGCAGGCGCCCCGGGCGGCUUCCAGGCCCCUCUCGCGUCCUUGCCCCGGACCUGUGGGCAGCCGGGGGACGGAAGCCGCGGCCGGGCCAACUCCGAGGCGGGGACGCCGCGACGGGAACUUGAGGUGGGAACUUUGCGCGCUGCAGCCUCGCCGGGCGCCACCGAAGCGCGGGCCGGACCCCGAGCCUGCAAACUGGGGCUCGGGGGCGGCUGCACGUGGCCGUGGCCCUGAACUCCCUGCGGGGGCCUCGAAACCCGCCUGCGGGGAGGCCAGGGCGACAGAGGACCCGGGAGCCCCCGCUGGUGGCGGCGUGGAGCGCGCUUGCUACGGCCAAGGCCCGAGAGGGAUGUGAAGGCUCAAAAUGACCCUCUUACCGGGAGACAAUUCUGACUACGACUACAGCGCGCUGAGCUGCACCUCGGACGCCUCCUUCCACCCGGCCUUCCUCCCGCAGCGCCAGGCCAUCAAGGGUGCGUUCUACCGCCGGGCGCAGCGGCUGCGGCCGCAAGAUGAGCCCCCCCAAGGCUGCCAGCCCGAGGACCGCCGCCGUCGGAUCAUCAUCAACGUGGGCGGCAUCAAGUACUCACUGCCCUGGACCACGCUGGACGAGUUCCCGCUGACGCGCCUGGGCCAGCUCAAGGCCUGCACCAACUUCGACGACAUCCUCAACGUGUGCGAUGACUACGACGUCACCUGCAACGAGUUCUUCUUCGACCGCAACCCGGGGGCCUUCGGCACCAUCCUGACCUUCCUGCGCGCGGGCAAGCUGCGGCUGCUGCGUGAGAUGUGCGCGUUGUCCUUCCAGGAGGAGCUGCUGUACUGGGGCAUUGCGGAGGACCACCUGGACGGCUGCUGCAAGCGCCGCUACCUGCAGAAGAUCGAGGAGUUCGCGGAGAUGGUGGAGCGGGAGGAAGAGGACGAUGUGCUGGACAGCGAGGGCCGCGACAGCGAGGGCCCGGCCGAGGGCGAAGGCCGCCUGGGGCGCUGCAUGCGGCGACUGCGCGAUAUGGUGGAGAGGCCGCACUCGGGGCUGCCCGGCAAGGUGUUCGCCUGCCUGUCGGUGCUCUUCGUGACCGUCACCGCCGUCAACCUCUCCGUCAGCACCUUGCCCAGCCUGAGGGAGGAGGAGGAGCAGGGCCACUGUUCCCAGAUGUGCCACAACGUCUUCAUCGUGGAGUCGGUGUGCGUGGGCUGGUUCUCCCUAGAGUUCCUCCUACGGCUCAUUCAGGCACCCAGCAAAUUCGCCUUCCUGCGGAGCCCGCUGACGCUGAUCGACCUGGUGGCCAUCCUGCCCUACUACAUCACGCUGCUGGUGGACGGCGCCGCUGCGGGCCGCCGCAAGCCCGGCGCGGGCAACAGCUACCUGGACAAGGUGGGGCUGGUGCUGCGCGUGCUGCGGGCGCUGCGCAUCCUGUACGUGAUGCGCCUGGCGCGCCACUCCCUGGGGCUGCAGACGCUGGGGCUCACGGCCCGCCGAUGCACCCGCGAGUUCGGGCUCCUGCUGCUCUUCCUCUGCGUGGCCAUCGCCCUCUUCGCGCCCCUGCUCUACGUCAUCGAGAACGAGAUGGCCGACAGCCCCGAGUUCACCAGCAUCCCUGCCUGCUACUGGUGGGCCGUCAUCACCAUGACGACGGUGGGCUAUGGCGACAUGGUCCCCAGGAGCACCCCGGGCCAGGUGGUGGCCCUGAGCAGCAUCCUGAGCGGCAUCCUGCUCAUGGCCUUCCCAGUCACCUCCAUCUUCCACACCUUCUCCCGCUCCUACCUGGAGCUCAAGCAGGAGCAGGAGAGGGUGAUGUUCCGGAGGGCGCAGUUCCUCAUCAAAACCAAGUCGCAGCUGAGCGUGUCCCAGGACAGUGACAUCUUGUUCGGAAGUGCCUCCUCGGACACCAGAGACAAUAACUGAGCGCAGAGGACACGCCUGCCCUGCCUGCCAUCUGUGGCCCGAAGCCAUUGCCAUCCACUGCAGACGCCUGGACAGGGACAGGCCGCUUCCGAGUGCAGUCCUGGCGCAGCACCGACUCCCACGCACCCGGGGAAGGACACCCUCACUCCCACACCCCGGGAAGGACACCCGCACAUCAGCAGAGGGGCCCUGCCCCUCCGCCUGCAGCCAUGAAAGGAAGCCGGGUCAUCAGCCCAGCCCCGCCCACCCCAGCCCCUAUGUCUGUUUCCCUCAGUAAGGAGAUGGCUUAUUCUUUUCACCAUGCAAAUAACAUGCCCAGCAAAAACUUGCUUUAUGGGUCUGCCUGGAGAAAAAUACAAACAGCAACAACAACA